AUGUUUCUCCUCCAAAUUUUCAACAUGCUCUUUGUGCCAUCUUCGAAAGAGGGGGAAUCCAAGUAUGAUCUCUCUCUCUUUAAACCUGGGGACCUGCUAGAAGUACCCAGGACCCUUUUCACGCAUUUCGGCAUUUAUUUGGGUGACAAUCGGGUGGCACAUCUCAUUCCAGAUAUUUUACCGGUGUUGACGAAGGACAAAGCUAAAAUCGGCAAAAUGGUGACCAACAAUCGUCUGAUUUUGGGGGUUAUAACGAAGACGGCGAGCGUAAGAGUGGACUCAGUGGUGGAUUUUGCAUAUGGUUCAGAGAUUCUGAUCAACCACAUGGACAGUGUGUGUAAGCAGCCCCCUCUGGAUGGGGAUGAGGUGGCCCGAAGAGCUGAGAAGUUGCUGGGUUCAGUGACCUAUAGUCUUCUUUGGUACAACUGCGAGCACUAUGUCAUGUACUGCAGAUAUGGCAUGGCUAUCAGCUACCAAACUUACCAGUUUUGUACAGCGGUGCGUAAGGUGGUGUGCAGUCGUCUAUGUGCGUACCUCACAGCUCUGUGCGGGGUCCUGGGCCUGUGUUAUGGAGGCUGUGUGGCCCCCUGCACCCUGCUCCUCACUGUGCUUCUCUCCUUUACCAUCUGGAUGGCUGCGUGA